AUGUCAGAGGAUGACAUUGAAGAUCUUAAAAAUGAGAUCAUGCAAUUUGGAGCCGGCGCCCACAGUACGGUGGGUGAGCGGUCCUCAGCCUCCCCCGGCCCUGGCACGCACCCCACCACCAGCCCGGCUGCCUCGGGCCCUGCUGGCUCCCUGACCACGUCCACACGUCGCGGCCCGAGCAGCGCGUCUCCCGCGGAACGGUCCACCGUGGACACCAACGUCGCAGAGGCUUCCUCGCCCGCUCUGGCCACCGGGCCCUCUCCCGGUGCCGGGACCUCGGAGGCUGCCCCUGCGGGAAGCCCCAGCCCCGGCUCGGCCACCUCGGGGCCCUCCCCACGCACAGACACGGCUCUCAGACAUUGCGAGAACGGGGCUACCUGGGAUGGAAACAAGUGUGUCUGUCCGCAAGGCUUCAGUGGACCCCAAUGCCAGUCCCUCUUGGAGUUCAUCUUCAUAGAUAUCCCUGAAAGAAUCAAUGCCACUUUAUCUCUGCUACUGAAAGUGACUUACAAGAAUUUUACAAAAGAUCUGGAGAACACAUCUUCCGAGGCAUACCAAGAUUUCAUGGAAUUUUUCAAGGAGCGGAUGAAUGAGGUUUACAAGGACGUUCUCGCUUAUAGAGGUGUCAACAUUACAAGAUUACUGAGUGGCAGCAUCGUGGUGGAACACAAUGUCAACCUUGAGGUCAACUACACUUUAGAUUAUAAGAAAGUGUUUAAAAAGCUUGUUAACAUUGUAAGGAAAAAGAUUGUUAAUGAAACCAGAAAGGCAGUUGAGGAUCCUGACAAGUGCAAAGAUGCCUCGGUUUUCUGCUAUAGUGAGGAGGCCACAACAGUAUCUGAGACCCCGAAACUGAGCUUUGACCCCCAUGAGCAGUGCAUGAGAAUGGCUGCAGAGGGCUUUGCCCAGUUCUAUUAUGUGGACGAGCUGGACGAGAAACUGGCCUGCGUAACCAACUGCACUCCUGGGACAAGGACACAGCUGAACUGUCACCAUGGCACCUGCCAGCUGCAGCGCAGUGGUCCCCGCUGUGUGUGCCUGAACACUGACACACACUGGUACUGGGGAGAGACGUGUGAGCGGAGCACUCAGAAGAGCCUGGUGUAUGGGAUCGUGGGGGCCGUGGCAGGGAUGCUGGUGCUACUGGUGGUCACCAUGACCAUCUACCUGAGCCGGAUGCUAAGGAAACUGCAGAGGGAGUACAAGAUAUCACAAGAAUGGCAAAAAGAAGUCCCAGGAAGUUUCCAGAACACACGCAUCUGGGAAGAUCAAGGUAUAAAGGACAAAUACAGCCUAGAAUCUGCUUACAGCCACUUCCAGCCCUCCCUAAAGAACAUGGACCCUAAAAAAGAGGUGACUCAGGAUGUCCCCCUUGGCUGGGAGCUGUCCUGUGCCACAACCCCGACCCUCCACCACUGA